GCCUGGAAACUCGUUCUCAAUUUCGAAGUCUCCUCAGCAUCAAAUGCACCGUUUUUUGCCGGUCUGCUCAUUUCAUCAUUCAGUCUAGCAGAAGCAUGUAGUGGAAUGUUUUGGGGUGCUCUUUCCGAUAGGAUAGGCCGCAAGCCUGUUGUGUUUAUAGGAUGUGCAGGUACCAUCACCUCCCUCAUGCUUGUCGGUUUCGCAUCCAAUUUCUGGAUCGCGCUCGCCGGAAGGAUUGUUGGCGGUGCUCUCAACGGAAACAUAGGAGUCAUCCAGACCAUGGUCGGCGAGCUGGUCAGGAACCCAGAGCAUGAGCCUAGGGCUUACGCUGUUAUGCCAUUCGUUUGGAGCAUCGGCACGAUCAUCGGUCCCUCUAUCGGUGGUCUAUUAUCGCAGCCUGCCGAAACCUUUCCGUCGUUGUUCAGCCCGACAGGUCUCUUCGCGAAGUUCCCGUAUCUUCUACCCAACCUCAUCUGCUCUUCCUUGCUCGUGCUGUCCAUGGUCAUGUCGUACUUCUUACUAGAGGAGACACACCCCGAGAAACGACGAGACAAUAACACUGGAGGCAUCGCUGACACCACUGCACGUACGCCUCUGCUGCUAGCUCUAGGAGCCACGCCUGACGCUCCUGCGGAUCUGACUUCGGAGUCGUAUGGCACUUUCAACUCUGUGGAAUUCCAGCAUGACGAAAUGUGGCGGGUUCGAUCCAACGGCGAGUGGCUUGAGCAACCGCCCUGUGGAAAGGCUUUCACUAAGCCCGUCAUCACAUUCGUCGUCGCUCUAUCAAUAUUCACCUACCACAGUAUGACCUACGAUCAUCUGAUACCGAUAUUCUUCCAGGACAAACGAGCUGAUGAUAUUCAUGCCCAAGAAUUGUCGUACACGGCCGCCCUAGGCGGUGGGCUGGGGCUCACGACGCAACAAGUGGGUCUAAUUCUUUCGAUCAACGGCGUCAUUCAGCUUGCUGUGCAGGCCAUAGCCUUUCCCAUCCUAGCAGAUAUUUUUGGAGUUUGGCGCCUUUUGCUGAUGGUCACUGCCGCGCACCCGGUCGCAUACAUCAUUGUACCGUUUCUGCAACUUCUGCCACCGAGCCUUGUGUAUCCCGGACUUUUCGCUGCGCUGGGCAUUCGCAACCUUACUUCUAUUCUUGCUUUCCCGCUGCUUCUCAUCAUGAUUAAGGAGGCGGCCCCCGACAAGUCGCAUCUCGGCAGAAUAAACGGCCUCGCUGCGUCCACCGGAGCCGCUUGUCGAAGCGUUGCAAGCCCGGUCGCCGGCUUGCUGUAUGGUCUAUCUAUCGAUAUUCGGUUUACACCACUGGCAUGGUGGGCAUCGGCUUUGGUCGCCUUGGUCGGUGCAUUGCAGGUGCCCUUCAUGAACCGCGCAGCCAACAACUGCCAUGCCCGGGUUCGCACGGCUUUCAAGGAACAGUCACUCAAUGAGGAGACGGUGCGCAUCACCGUGGAAGCGGAAUCUGCAUGAGCUGUAUAUCAGUAGGCUUGCAGAUGGAGAGAACAUCGCCUUCGACCUUGUCGCAUAUCCGUACUGUCCCUAGACUGAGCAUGUCCGGCGUUCUGGAGUCAUUCAAAGCUGGCAACGUUGCCACGGGCUCUGUAGUAGUAGUCUUGUCAUUGAGUCCAAUAUCGAUCAGCUCGUCUGUGCGAAGCGAAGACGUGAUUCAAAUGUGGCGAUCAACAAGUUUGGCUGCGCCUAGGUAAGCAGAACCAGAAUCUUCAAACACCCGUCAAGCCCUUCAAGCUUUCGCCAUAGUCUUUCAGCUCGACAUCCGAAUCUGAGGUCGAUAUUCCAAAUGCAGAUACAACGAGUAUGACUUGUAUCGAUUCUGAU